AUGUCUUUGGUCACUAUAAUCAGAGUUGCUGAAAUAAGAAAUAAUUCUGCCAUCACACAGUUUAUUCUGCUGGGUCUCACUGAUUCCCCUGAGCUGCAGAUUCUUCUUUUCUGGGUGUUUGCCUUCAUUUAUGUUGCAGCUCUAACUGCCAAUUUACUCCUUAUUUUUACCAUAUCUAUGUUCAAGAAACUCCACUCACCCAUGUACUUCCUCAUAUUCAAUUUGUCCUUACUAAAUAUACUGUCUGUCUCAGUUACCAUUCCUAGGUUACUACAAAGUCUCUGGACCCAUAGAAAAAUAAUUUCAUUUCAUGGCUGCAUCACACAGAUAUUUUUCAUUAUAUGGGCAUUGGGGUCAGAGUUGGUCCUUCUCUCAUUUAUGGCUUUUGAUCGCUAUGCUGCCAUCUGCCACCCUUUGCAUUACACUAUUAUCAUGAGGAAAGAAGUAUGUGUUGGCAUUGCAAUCUUUGUAUGGAUUACUGGAAUGAUAAAUACUGCUGUGAAUACGGGAGUUCUCCUGCAGCUUUCUUUUUGUGAUUCCAAUGUUAUAAAUCAUUUCUAUUGUGAUAUCCCUACAGUAUUACAUCUUUCAUGUUCGGACACUGGCAUAAAUGAGUUUAUGACAAAGGUUGCAGAUGUGGUUUAUGGCAUGUGUACUUGUGGGUUGACUCUAACUUCCUAUUUUUUUAUACUGAGGACUAUCUUCAGGAUCCGUUCUACUGAAGGGAAGAAGAAAGCAUUCUCCACAUGUUCCUCA